AGGCCACACUCUCCUCACAAAAUUAGAAGAGGUCCCUUCACCUCCUAGUCCUCUCAUAUAUAUUGGUCUACCAGGAGAAGAAUUCAUCACCUACUUAAAACCUUCUCUUCCUCCCUCUGAUCUCUCGGAUCUCUCGCCACCCACCUCCACCACCACUGUCACUGCUCUAAUUAUAACCAGAGAGGAGUCAUGUCGGCGGAUUGCGGCCACCACGGGCACAAGCGGCGCAAGAUAUUCAAGCGAAUCUGUGCGGGCAUCCUCAUCUUCAACUUCAUCGUCCUGGUGACUGUGCUCAUUGUCUGGGCCAUUCUCCAGCCAAGCAAGCCCAGGUUUGUACUCCAGGACGCUACCGUCUACGCCUUCAACGUCUCCUCCCCGCCGAACUUCCUCACAUCCACCUUCCAGGUCACCCUUUACUCCCGCAAUCCGAAUGACAAGAUCGGUGUUUACUACGACAAGCUCGACGUCUACGCCAGCUACCACAACCAGCAGAUCACCCUCCGCAGCCAAAUCCCUCCCACCUACCAGGGCCACAAGGAGGUCAACAUCUGGUCUCCCUUCAUCUACGGAACCUCCGUGCCGGUGGCUCCGUACAACGCCCUCUUGCUCAGCCAGGACCAGGCCAAUGGGGCAGUGCUGCUCAACAUCAAGAUCGACGGACGGGUCAGAUGGAAAGUUGGGACCUUCAUUUCGGGCCGCUACCAUUUCUACGUGAGGUGUCCCGCCUUUAUUAAUUUCGGAGCGGCCAAGACCAACGGUAUUCUCGUCGAAAAUAGUGGCGUUAAGUACCAGUUAGUACAGAAUUGUAAGGUUAGCGUAUGAACAUGGCGGCGCCGCCCGUAUGUUGAGUAGUGUCCCUCUCUGAUCUCUCUCAGUGACGCCGGCCGCUAGUUUCGUGUCAAUUUUUAGUUUUCUAUUUUGUGUUUAAUUAGUUUAAUCUCUUAUCUUCUUUAGGUAUACGUCAGAUUUAAGUGUGUGAAUUGUACAAUAUUUUGCUAAAGAAUAAGCGGAGAAAAUGAAAAGAAAUAUAUGGGGACAAAUAGCAAAAUUACAAUCGGAGUUUAUAU